GGGGUCCCGUAGAGGGAGGGAGGAGCGUAGGGCAGGGGGGCAGGAGCAUAGUGUAGGGAGGGUGUCCCCCAGCCAACGCAGGGAGUCCCCCAGGGCACGCUGCAUGUCUCGCUCGCCAUCUGGGGCAUGCAGCGUGUCACGCACCCCCCCAGGGCUCGGAGAGGCUCCCCCAGGAGGAGGACACAGAGGCUGCCCAGCACUGAGGAGGAGAUGGAGGCACAACCAACUGCCUCAGAGAGGAGACAGGAGGAGGGUGAUGAUGACGGAGGAGAGGAGGGCCCCACCAACAAAAUGGCCCGAAGGUUUACCAGUGAUGAGAAUGGAGCACUGGUGGACGAGGUGGUAGCGCGAUGGGAUGUGCUGUUUGGGAGUCGGUCCCAUCGUAUCAGUGCUGCCAGACGUCAACAACACUGGCAGCAGGUAACGGACAAGGUGAACACUGUGGGCGCUUUUCACAGGGAUCGCCCCACAGUGUACAAGCGCUUCAGUGACCUGAAGCGUUGGCUAAGGGCAAAGCUGGUUACCAGGAAAGCUAAAGCCCAGAAGACCGGCGGAGGGCGAGUCCCUCCACUCAGACUGAAGCCCUACGAGCGCCGGCUUCUGGACAUUUUGAGCAAAGAGGGCAGUGAAGGAGUGGACACAGACUGGAGAAUACCGCCGCAAACAUCGCGGCCUGACUCGGGCAGUGACCAGGACCAGGACGACGCCGCUCAGCAACCCCAGGAAGAGGGUGAGGCUGAAGAUCCGGAUAGAGCCCCGGAAGCUCAAGCAAUUGGGGGACCACCACAGGAGGAAGGACGGCGACUGGGUGAGCAACCUGCGGCACAACCGGGGCUCGUUGACGCCAUGAUGACUGCCAUGCAGCCUCUGCUCCACCAGCAGCGCCGCCAGGAACUCUGGAUGAGGCGGUGGAUGGCCCAAAUCCAUACGGAUAUUCGGGAGACACAGGUGAUCAUCCAUCGUGGAUUCCAGGACCUGGUGGCAGCCCAGCCUCAUCGACCAGGGGGCUCUGCUGAGGGUGAAGUCCCUGGUCCACCUGCUGCUCCCCCUCCACCCCCAUAA